GUGGCAGUGGAUUUUUUCCGUGAAGCAGGAGAAAGAGAGGGAAAAAUAACGCCAAAAACGAAGAAGAAGAAGAAGAAGAAGAGGAGGGGAAGAAGAAGCAAGAAGAGGAGAAGAAGAAGAAGCAAAAAGAAGAGAAGAAGAAGCAAAAACAGCUUUCUUGUUUACCUUCCAUCUUUCUCUUGUCUUCUACCUCAAAUCUAUAUUCGACAUAUAUAUUAUCGUGAGCCCGAAAGAAGGAAAUUUUAACUGCGUAACAAUCAACGCCAAAAUUGUGAAGCCAAGGCAGUGUCAGUGAUGGCACAAUUUACAGCUCAGGGACGCUUAAAGACCCUCUUCAGUGGCUAUGGCUCCAAUGACCCUUUUCCAUUUCAAUUUCAAUUUUACCAAGUUAAAAAGGCAUUUGGAGGCACUGUAUUUACUUGCUCUCAUUCUUCAGUUCCUUCUCAAAGUCACAAGCGCGAGCUCGGUUUAUGGGGUGGUAUUACAAGAACCAGAUUGAAUGCUUCAAAAUCGUCAUCAUCCUUGAACAAAUCCAAACGAUUGAAUGCGGAUGAAUCAAUUGAUUCAGGCGGAGAUAGAGAUGUGUUUCUUGGUGAAAUCUUCUCGGAGGACCCAGAUUUUGAGAGGGACGAGCUUGCUGGUUUCAGAGGUUUGGUCUUGGACAUCUCCUACAGGCCUGUUAACGUUGUCUGCUGGAAGCGCGCAAUUUGUUUGGAGUUCCUGGAUAAGGCUGAUGUUUUAGAAUAUUACGACCAAACUGUUAACUCUCCUGGUGGCUCUUUCUACAUACCUGCUGUCUUAAGGAUUCCUCAUUUAUUACAAGUUGUCAAAAGGAGGAAAGUCAAAAGAAGCCUUAGCCGGAAAAAUAUUUUUUUUCGUGACAAUUUCAAGUGUCAGUAUUGUUCUUCUGGCGAGAACUUGACGGUAGAUCAUGUUCUGCCGAUCUCACUAGGGGGACAGUGGACAUGGGAGAAUCUGGUUACCGCAUGUGCCAGAUGCAAUUCUAGAAAAGGUCAGAAAACCUUGGAGGAAGCAAAUAUGACUCUGAUGAAGGUCCCCAAGGCCCCCAAGGACUACGAUAUACUUGCCGUACCCUUGACGAACACUGCUGUAAAGAUGCUGAAAAUGCGAAAGGGAACCCCAGAAGAAUGGCGGCAAUACCUCUCAAAGCCAUAUGCACUACCGUGACAUCAGAUUAAGGGGCGUGAUUUGUACAUUCUCUACUACUACGUUAAAUUAAAUGCAACUGUAGAACAUAAAAUUGUUCUUAUUUGCAAAAUGGCAAUAGUUCUGACUCUUCUAUUAACAACUAAUGAGAAGUAAGCAACCGCUAGUCUUCCAUUUAUGCUAUAUAUGACAUCUGCUGACUUCAGAACA